CUGAACAAAUCUGGUCUAUUUCUCCAUUCAGGAUAAAUACACAUGCUUUGAUUACAGAUAUGACGCAGCUUUGUUUGACGUUAUAUUUGUAGGCAAUUGAACUGAUUUAAUUGAAAGGUUGAGGCUUGUAAAAUAAUCAUUUAAAACAAUGGAACUAGUAUGAUUUCUUUUCAACCACACAUGGAGCCCAUGGGAAAAAGAAUGAAAACACAUAUUAUGGAUAUUUAUAUGCUAUAUGAUCCCAUGGCACACUAUAGUGAGGCAUAUGGCUUUGUUUCCUAUUGGGGUGUGAUCAAUACAGAAAGAAUAGCCUGUUCGCUGCCCCUGCAGUGAGCGCCAAGUCCAGAUGUCACGACCAUGUGCCUCAAGGAGUCAGUGACAGAUUGUUGGUCAUCUAUUGUGCGUCUAACUCAUGUUGCGUUUUCGAUCUCUCUCGAUACGCGUUGGAUGAGCCUGGAAGUUAAAGUGAAAGUCGCCUUGCAACAGGUUUUCGAGACACCAAGUGACUUUAAAGGAUCACCUUCGUUGAACACAUACAAGCCAAAAAAUAAAUAAAUCUGAAGUUGGAUCAUGGAACCUGCUCAGUCAGAGAUGAACAUCCUAUCCAACGGGAAAAGUCACGACCUCGGAGACGACAUGGGUGUGCCAAUGAAGACGCUGCUCGAGGAGGAUCAAAAUGGCACUCAAACAGUCAGAUUUGAUGAUCCUGAUGGAGGACUGGAGAAUGAGGAAUUUUUGCCCAGUGCAGAUGGAAAGAAACCUAUACGCUUCACAGAUUUUGAAGGGAAGACCUCUUUGGGCAUGUCUGUCUUCAACCUGGGUAAUGCUAUUAUGGGCAGUGGAAUCCUGGGAUUGGCCUAUGCCAUGGCCAACACUGGCAUACUCCUCUUCUUGUUUCUUCUGACUGCAGUGGCAGCCCUGUCAUCUUACUCCAUUCAUCUGCUGCUCAAAUCCUCUGGCAUUGUGGGAAUUCGAGCUUAUGAACAGCUGGGGUACAGAGCCUUUGGCACUCCUGGAAAAAUGGCUGCUGGUAUAGCAAUUACCCUGCAGAAUAUUGGAGCGAUGUCCAGCUACCUCUACAUUGUUAAAUCUGAGUUACCGCUGGUCAUCCAGGCUUUCCUGAAGGCAGAUCCCAACUCUGAUCUGUGGUACAUGAAUGGAAACUACCUGGUCAUCAUGGUCUCUGCCGGUAUCAUCCUGCCCCUGUCUUUAAUGAAGCAACUUGGUUACCUUGGUUAUAGCAGCGGGUUUUCUCUCAGCUGCAUGGUGUUCUUUCUCAGCGCAGUUGUCUAUAAGAAGUUUCAGAUUCCCUGCCCGUUCGAGGAGUUCUCAGCCAACAGCACUGCUGCCCACCUCAGCAUGAACGUCUCAAGCCACGGCCACGAGUACAACAAUGGUCCGGUUCACGCGGACGACGAAGACUCUCACUGCUACCCACGCAUGUUCACCAUCAACUCACAGACAGCAUACACCAUCCCCAUCUUGGCUUUCGCCUUUGUAUGCCACCCUGAGGUCCUGCCCAUCUACACCGAACUCCGCAAUCCAACACAGAAGAAGAUGCAGAAGGUGUCAAACAUCUCCAUUUUAGUCAUGUACACCAUGUACUUUCUAGCAGCCCUCUUUGGCUACCUAACCUUUUACGACAAAGUGGAGCCUGAACUGCUGCACACUUACAACCGGAUCGAUCCUUAUGACACUUUGAUCCUGUGUGUGCGAGUGGCCGUCCUCACCGCUGUCACACUGACCGUCCCUAUUGUGUUGUUCCCCGUGCGUAGAGCCAUCCUGCAGAUGUUAUUCCCCACCAAGGCUUUCAACUGGUUGCGUCACAUUGCCAUUGCUCUCAUUCUGCUCACCUUCAUCAACCUGCUGGUGAUAUUUGCUCCAAACAUUCUGGGCAUCUUCGGCAUCAUUGGUGCCACGUCGGCUCCCUGCCUCAUUUUCAUCUUCCCUGCUGUUUUCUACAUCCGCAUCGUCCCCAAAGAUGAUGAACCCAUGAACUCCGUUCAUAAGAUUGUGUCUGUCAUUUUUGCUGCCCUGGGCGUCUCCUUCAUGGUAAUGAGUCUGAGCUUCAUAUUCAUCGACUGGACAACGGGGAGCAGCCGUGCUGCAGGAGGCCACUAGAGGUUGCUUCAGUGUGUGUGGGCUUAGGAAACGGGGAAAAAGAACUGGUUAGUGUAAAGGGAGCACUACCACCUCAGUGGGUACACACUACAGGGUUGUCCAGCACACAGUAACAGUAAUAUACAGUAUUGAAUGUGGGUUGGAAUCACACUUCGACUAAUCCAAGUUGAAUUAGCUUUUUGACUGUAACUUAACACAUAUCUGAAAUCUUUCAUAAAAAAGUUCAAUAAUUCAUCCUAACGUAGUGCAAUGAUGAUGUAAUUUAUAUGAAUAAUCAGGACUGAACAGGGUCCUUUUUUAUCAUCUGUUUACCAUCUGUUUGUGCAUCCACAUUCACGAUGGUGCAACGGUCCUUUCCCGUUGCUUCCUCUUUAUUUACACGCAAACAGCUGCAGCUGGUACUGUAAAGAAAAAAAGUUGGUAUGAUUGUCUUUUAGACUGGAGAGAGGGAGGCAUCAAGAUAAACAUAAGAGCUAUAACUUAAUCACUCAGAACUUAUUUUUACACAAAUAUGAAUUAUUUUCCAUGAGACGCACAAAACAGGACUCAUCCUGAACCAGCAGCACUCUGAACUGUACAUCAUCGUGUAAUAUAAAACAAAAAGUGCUUUAAAGCCUUAAAGCGCAGAUGACAUUUCAUUUUCAUUAUCUGUCAAUUGCCAGAGUUGUUAUGUAGUGUUGUAUCAUGCAGUCUAAGCUUUUGUUCCAUAUGCAUAAAUCAGCAAUUUCUUCACAAACCCUGGUGCCUUUCUGCAUUUGGAACAGCACAGAAACAAACAAUAUAAACAGGAGUGUAUAUUUAUUUAGCUACUAUAACUAUGUUUUUAAUUUCAAAUGGAUUCUAUUUAACUACUGUAUAUGAUGAAAUUAAUGAUAGCUUACAGUAUAUAGUUAAUGGAAGGUGUUACAGACAGACAAUACUUUGAAUGUUUGAUGAAAUAGAAAGAGCUUGAUUUAAGGAUCUGAUACCUCCCUUUGUAAAACUUUUAGCACAUAUAUGCCAAACUGUGACCUUGAAUAUAAACCAAGCAGAGUUCAAGUAUACCCUGACACUUCACCUUUGAGUCUAGCUCAUAAACCUCUAUGAUUAUUUCCCCCCUUUAAAUUUCUCAUUAAAUUCUUAUGAAUUCAGAAACUACCUUCUCCAUAUGAUAUGGAAUCCAUGACUUUGUUGCAGUUUUCCUCACUUGUGUUUAGUAAGUGAAGAAAAUAUGGCAUUGGAGAUAAGAUAGUCUUUUAUUAGUCCCACAGUGUUACAGCAGCAAAGUGGACAGUACAAAAACUGAAAAAUGCCAAUAUGAAAUACUUAAAAAGGAUAAAUAAUAGAUAAUAAUACAAUACUUGACCAUGGAGAGAGUUUUGGUUGUACUUACCCAGGUUUUGAGAUGCUUUAUAUGGAUAAAAGUAUGUGGACACUUGAGCAAUAUACAUAUCUCAAAACUUAUGAAAAGAAAACCAAAACAUUCUUGCCUAGAUACCACAUAUUCAGAAAGGUGAGAUAGAGAAAUAUGGUUCCAUUUUUUUUAUUUUUAUAAUUUGUAAAUAGGGUGUCCCCACCCUUUAAAUCGAACAUUGAGGGUUUGAUCAAUUCCUGGCCAAGCAACAUGAAUUUGUAAAAGAUAAUCCCACUGGUGGGUCUGGCAGAGUUUAUCAAGUUAAUUGUCUUAAUUGGAAGAUGUAUUAAUCUUUUGUGGUUCUGCCGUAACGUCUUUGCCGUACUGCUUUGGAGUAUUUCGAUCUACUUUCACACUUGUGAAUAUUUAGACUUGAGGUUAAUGUUUUGCAUGUACUUAUGACCUGUCCAUCCUGUAGUUGUUAUAGUGAACAGCUAACACUGUCAUAGAUAGAUGUUAUUGUAAUACUGUACAAUUGGCAUCUUAUAGUGACGUGUAUUGAAGUCCCAGUCUGUGCUAUAGUUAUUAUAGUGUUAUAUUAGUAUUAUGAAGCCCUUCUUAAAAGUUGUGACAACGAUUAAUUUUUCAAAUGUUGCUGCUGUGAUGUUCAGUCUGUGGACACACUCAAUUCGAGGUAAAUUUAGGGAUGUGGAUGAAUGCUUCAAAUAUUUGUAGUUCUUCAGACUGAUUUUGGGUCCCAUAAUAGCACUGACUAUAUAUAUAUAUACACACAUACAUAUACAUAUAUACAUAUAUACAGUAUAUAUAUAUCACUUUUUUAUAGAGUACAGGAACAUUUCUUUAUGUAGAAAUAUAUAUCACAAGUUAACUUAAGAUGAAUUACGUUUUAAAACAAUACUAAGUUUUUAACAACUCAGAGAAACGUUACAACAAAUACUUGUAGCCAAAGAAGGUUUUAUAUUGUAUUACAACUCUCAGGCUUCAGAGGAGUCCCGUGUAAAUCAUCACUUCUCUCAUUUUAUUUAUAUAUUCCUGUAUUUCAUGUUUGUUUAGCAGUUCUGAUUCUUAAUCGAGGUUGUUUUAGGGACAAAUAAUGAAGAACAGCAGGAGAAAUAUUUAAUGCACGUAUCGACCUCCGUCCCUUGCUUUUCCACGGUUAUUUGCAGUGGCUGUUGUGGUGUAAAUGAAGGGUUACUUUUGUCAUGUUUAGUGAACAGAGUUUUUAUUCACCAUGCCAAAAUAACAGCCUACCUAUACUGCUUUGAAAUGGCUUUAACUUUUAAACAGGUUCCACAGUUUAAAUACCAAACAUGCUAUAUUCAAUAUGCAUUUUUCAUGUACCUAAACAAAUCUAUCUGAUAUUUUAUUAUAGCUGUUAUUCAAGAUGUAAAUCUAUGAAAUGACACAACUAUAAGUAAAUAACAAGGUAUAUGAAUUUUGGUGAAUAAGAUGUGGCUUUAUAUAAAUAAUGUAUAUAAAUGUAAACCUUUUAUAUUUGUUAUGCAUAUUUACAGUAGCUUGUAAAGUGUAAAUAGCAGGGACAGUUUUAGUUUGGCAAUAAAAUAAUUGUAGAUGUUUUUA